AUGUCCGAACUCGGUCGUUGUACGAUCGCCGAGGCAACGUUCCCCGUGCCACCUGGCACCCGCCCCGUCGACCGUCCGCCGUAUCGCCCCAACCCCCGUACCUCAGCUGUCAUCGAUAAAUGUGUUGAAGAUAUGCUAGAAUGGGGUAUUAUCGAGAAACGGCCCAGUCCAUGGGGCAGCCCUUGUACCAUUGUCGCCAAAAGCAACGGCAGCCCUCGUUUCUGUGUUGAUUACCGCCACACCCUCAACCGCAACAUCAUUCGCAAGACUUGGCCUAUGCCCAACCUUGAGUCGUGCCUGGAUGCCGUCGGGGACGCCCUCUACAUCACUGUGGCGGACAUCCUCAGCGCUUUCUGGCAAAUUCCAGUGGCUGAGGAGCAUGUCGACCGGACCGCCUUCGUGACUCAUAACGGCAAGUACUGUUUCAAGCGGAUGCCGUUCGGGGUAGCGAAUGCGCCAUGGCUGUUUCAACACGUAAUGUCUAUUGCUCUGGGCCACCUUGGUCCCGACUCCGGUGUCCUCUCGUACAUGGACGAUCUGAUCUGUAUCAAUCGCACAUUUGAGACCCAUCUUGUCUCCAUCGAGAAAAUGUUCGCAGCAUUGCAGGCAGCAGGUCUGUCUCUCAAGCCGUCCAAAAUCCAAUUUGGUCGUAAAGAAGUCGAUUAUCUUGGUCAUGUCAUUUCUGCGAAAGGUAUUUCCGUCAGUACCGACCACAUGGAUGCCAUCCGCGACUUGUCCACGCCGAAAUGUAUCAAGGACCUCCGUUCUAUCCUCGGCAUGGCAAAUUUUGUCCUUUGCUUUGUCAAAAAGUACGCUGACCUCACUGCACCGCUAGUUGAUCUGACUCGCAAGGAUUUCGUCAAACCCCGCAAAUUUCGAGAAGCUCGGGGGCCGGACCAAGAUGCCGCCUUCCAACAACUCAAAAAUGCAUUGUCUUCCGCCCCUCUCCAAUACUUUCCCGAUUUUUCGAGAGAAUUUGUCGUGCACACUGACGCUUCUGCGCUUGGUGUAGGUGCCUUCCUAGCCCAACCGUCCAAAGAUAGCACCGACGACAAGGCGGUAGAUAUUGUCGCCUACUACAGCAAACGCUUUAAAGCAGGCCAACGUCACUAUUGUCCCACUAUGAAGGAGUGUACGGCGGUUGUCUGGGCCCUGACCCACUGGCGCCCAUACCUUUGGGGCCGGCAUUUCACUUGUCACACCGACCACCAAGCGCUGACGUACCUGUAUCAUAUGCAAGAUACGUCUAAUAUGCUUACUCGUUGGGCCAUCUGUCUGCAAAAUUUCGAUUUCACCGUCAAGCACGUUCCGGGGAAACUUAACGUAGUCCCGGACACCCUGUCCCGCAUUUUCAGCGAAAUCGACGGCAAACCUCUCCCUUGCUGCUGGGCCGCCUUAAUCUCCUUCGACGCGUCAGAGAUCUCGUGCUGCGCUUCGCUCGUGUACCAGCCUCUCUGCCCUCGUGCGCACCUCGCCAGCGGCGCGGUCUCAGCAGCGGCCGACAUCACCGUAGCCGUCAGCUCGGCGGCGGUCUCUCCCGUUGGCCGCCUGAGCGCCGUGGGCGGAGGGCGGCUGGAGGCCCUGUUUUGGAAGGCGUCCCGUAGGUGUUUGUCCUUCCUCAACCGCUCGAGGUCGAUACGGAUCCGGCUGCUUCCGCUGUUCCCCCGCACUCGUCGGUUGGGUGCGACACGGGGGGGGAGGCGGACAGUCGUCAACAUGCACGAGCCGUUAAACCUUGGCCGCCUUGGAGAGGAGGGUUACGAGUUCAUCGAUGAACUCGCGACACAUGCCGUGGGAGGAAGGGACGGAGGAACGAUGGCUCUGAAAGGAGUCUUCUUCAAGGAACGAUUUCUUCAGAUCGUUUCGGUGGCUACAUAGAUAGGUGACCAUAUCUCGGCGAGUGCAGAGGUACAAGCUCGCAUUGCGCGGGCGUCAAAGACGCCGAAAACAGGCGAACAAGAUCGACCUCGAACCAGUCAACGCCAAUGAUAUGGGGAUGGAGUGUAGACGCAUCGUAGAAAGCGUUUUCGUUUGAAGUUGGCGUCUAGUUUGAGAGAGAGUAGAUGUGACAGAUUUGCGUAGAAUAGGGUAAGAUGUUAUCAUGAAAGCAGAAGAAAGGGCUUGUCCAACACGGAGAUGUAGCAUGGAUCAAAGCAUUUGUUGGAUUACAGCUUUUACAAGAGGACAUCAACGCAGUAGUAUUUUAGCAAGCUUACGAACGCAUGUAGGAUACCAUGAGGAUUUGUCAUCGGUUUUAUUUAUUUGAAGUUGAAGAGGAGAUAUUUUUACGAUGUAAGUGACAGUAGAAAUAAGUCCUACAUAUGUUGUUGUACUUCGUAUUGGUUUAAUAUUCAUGUAGAG